CUCCGGUUUAUCUUCCGUCUCUCCCACAACCAGACAGACAGAUAACCCCUUCUCUCUCUCUCUCUCUCUCUCUCUCUCUCUCUCUAGUUUUUGUUUUGGGAAUGCUUUCCUCCUCGUCUCGUCAUUCCCUCAUUGGGAUCUGCUUCCAUUGCAAAUUCAAAGGUUUUAAUUUCCCAGGAAUUCCAUCAAUCAAAAUGCCGUCCAAGUUCCAACAUUAAAAACAUCACCUCCAUGCUUAUUAAUCUCUUCUCAAUUCAAUUCCAUUCCAUUCCAUUAUUUACCGCAAUUCAAGAAAAAUCUUCGGAAAUCUCCCCAAGUCCCCCCCUCAUUAAAUCCCACAUUCACGUAGGACGCUUGUUCGAAUUGAGCUCGAGUUUUCGGGGGAAAUGACGGAACAAGCAAAGCCUGUUCUGAAAAAGCCUCCGGGCUACCGAGACCCAGCCGCUCCGGUCCAGGCCCCACCCAAACCACCUGCUCGGAAACCGCCCCAACCGAUCCUUCCGAUAUCGCUCCGACCGAGAAAAAAACGACGGAGGUAUUGCCGGUCCAUCUGCUGCUACAUUUGCCUCCUCAUAAUCCUCGUCACCCUCCUCGCCGCCGUCGCCGCCGGCUGCUUCUACCUCUACUACGAGCCGCGCCUUCCGGUUUUCCGCCUCCAGUCCCUUCAAUUCCCCCUCUUCAACGUCACCUCGGGUCCAGACGGACCGGAGGUGAACUCCAGAGCUGUCGUCAGGAUCGAGGUGAAAAAUCCUAACAACUUUUUGCACGUGAAUUACGGGAGAAUCGAGGCGGAUUUGAGCGCGGAGAAUGUGGAUUUGGGGACGGCGGGGGUGGCGGGGUUUACGCAGGGGAAGAAGAACACGACGGUGGUGAAGUUGACGACGGAGGUGAAGGGCGUGUUGGUUGGGAACGAGGCGGCGGCGAAGAGGCUGAAGGAAGGGGUGAGGAGCAAGGGGGUGGUGGUGGGGACGGAGGUGAGGGUUGGGAUUGGGAUGGGUGCGAACGGGUGGAACACGGCUAGGGCGUCGGUUAAGGCGGUGUGUGGGGGAGUGAGUUUGAAGGAGGUUGAGAAUGGUGCUGUGCCUAAAUGCAAAAUCCUUUUCAACUGGUAUGUGCACUCCAAUUCAACAUGAUUGGUUAGUCUUUGAAGCAAUGCUACACCAACACGACUUUAAAAUACAAUUCCGGACACAUCUGCGUCCGGAGACGUUUGAUGCACAUCGGUUGACAUGCAUCGAACAAUGUCAGAUGCCAUUGUGUCUAAAGUUGUGUUUGUGGACAUUUUAUAAUCUUCGUUAGGGUGUAGUUUGCUAGAGCCUAGUGUUUUUGCUACCCAUUUGUCCAUGCUCUCUAUCCCUCUCUGUCCUUAUUUGCGUCUCUUUCAAUUGCUUUGAUGGAUUGAUCCUAACAGCAGUGGUUUUAGGUCAAGAAAACUAAUGUGCACGAAGUUUUUAAAAAAAAUUGCUUAUGCGCACUUCGAUUAAUUUAUGAUAUAUAUUAACCCUAGGGUUCACUAAAAGGGCUAAGUUAAAGUCACGGACUAAUCUGAGACCUAGAAGGAGCAAAUUCCUAAAUCCGAGGUCCACACCAAUCUUUGGGGUUGAUGUGCAAGAACUUAGCUUGAUUAUGUUACCUUGCAUCUCCCUCGUAUUUAACAGAAAGAAUGUGCAUUUUUCCAUUCGCUUAGAUAGUACUAGUAACUGUUUUGAGUCUUGACCAUGGCCUUAUGUUUUUCUUUCUUUCCUUGUCUAUCAUGUAGGGCUUUGUUAGGGAUGUCUACAAAUCAGAUUGUUUUUUUGGAUUCAUUUAUUCGCUGUGAAUUUUGGUAGUUUCUGGUCAACUUUUUUGAAGAGACAAGCAAUGAAAAAUGACAAAUUAUACAUCACUAAAAACAACAAUAUAGCUAAAAACCAAAAGACAUAUUGGCACAACAUUAGUUGUUUGCAUCGGUGCUUUCUAAAACAUAUAAAAAAGGAUUACUGUUAAGAUAACGAGAUCUUGUUAAGAAUAAUUCUAUGCAAUUUUCAUUAGCUUAGUUGUUUACAUUCGUGAAGCCUUGGAUUAUUGUAUUCAGGCGUACCAAUUAUUUCACAUGCUCUUCAGUUGGGAGAUAUUUAUAAAUUGAAAACAGAAUCUGAUAAAACACUUCCAUGUCUCAAGUGGACACCCAUGACUCCCCCAUCCCCACCUCCUUUCCUUGUUUUGUCUGUGCAUAGCAUUCGUUUUCAUGGAAAAUGAUGAUUCAUGAUUAUACAUUGUUUGGUAUUUUUUCAUAAAAACAGUAGGCAUGUAGUUAUGUAUAGACUUCCGUGUGUGGUUAACCAUGAAAAUGGGAGUAUAAUUUUCUUUAUCCUUUCAAAGGCACUACAUGAGUGCAUGUCCCACUAUUCCUCUCACUUCUCACUGAGGAGGCGUUCACUGUGUCUGCUUGAAUAGUGAGUUCCACUGCGUUGGAUGAAGUGUUGCGCAAAUUAGUUCUCAUCGAGUCAUAAAAUGUACUUUGGUGGAACGUGGUGAGUUACUCAUGCAUGCUUCUUGUCUAGAGAUCACAUCUUCCCCUCUGCUAACAAUCUGAAUCUGAAACUGUUGUCUUGCUGCAGGAUCAACUUACCCAUAUAAUGUGUGCAAACGGUUCGUGUGUCCCAAUCCUAUUUAUACAGUUUUUUGUGCGACACAGAGUUCAAAGGAGAGAGACUGGCCUGGUGUGUAACUCCUGAGUCCUGAUGAGGACCUUUGAGACUGCAAUACUGCAUAUUUGGAUUGUAUACCUAACUUUAUAUCUUGGAUUUUCAUUAUCCUUUACUUGACAGAUACUAGUACUAUAUUAAGGAAGUAGUGGAGGAAAGAUUAGUGUUGAAUGCAUCAUUUAUAGCAACCUAACAUUUGUCUGUGUACCUGUCAUUGGCUCAUGGUGCUUGCUUUGUGGGACAAUAAUAUUGAUAAUCCACACAUAUGCAUAAAUGAUAUACCUAUUUAUGUGUCUCUUUCAUGAGGGAAUCAUGGGCAUUAUUAAUGAUGUUCUUAAAUUAUUUUUGGUCAAUUAUUAUGCUUGUGGGGUUCGGAAGUGGGGCUCUUCAGAUUCCCGAUGGAACUGCUAGGUAGCUUACCUGUUUCUUAUUGUGAGCAAGAAGUGUAAAGUUGUGGUGGUGUGCUAAAGUGAAAGGGCAACCUGUUGAGGUUACUGAAACCUGGCUGCCUUUGAAGCAAGGAUAUUUGCAAGUAUGUGUGAAGGAAAGAUGUUGUGAUGUACCUACCCUUUUAUUGGAUGCAUUUGGCCUGAUUUUGUUGAAAUGAUGCUGCUUUUAGCUUCUCUUAUGCUGCUUUUAGCUUCUCUUAGGUGAUCAAUCACCAUUCCAGUUGACUAGUUUCUUUCGGCUCUUCUCGGACCGGGAUUUGUUCAUAAAUUUCUACAAUGAUGAGAAAGAUAGGAAACUAAAAUGAAAACUUCCCCCCUCCUUUACUUCAAGAAAUCAAUCUACUAGUUAUUCAUACCAGACGGAUAUUAGUAACUGAAACUUUCAUAGAGCAUAAGGGU